AUGCAAGAAAUUGGAACGUCCUCUCGCAUUGCAUUCACCAAGAGCAUAGAUCAUAACGAAGAGUAUAUUGAUUCCUUGAUCUCUAAAGUCGACAAUGAUAGCUCAUCUCGCAAGUCAAGACGGCAAUGCAAGAGAAACCCCGUUACGAACCAGCUCCUCGGAUUUACGGACGCCUCCAGCUUCGCCACCAAAACCGCCUCGGGCAGAACCAAGGAAGAGAAGAAAGCGGCAGAUUCUACAGCGUUCAAAAAACGUGCUGAUGAACCUUCGCUCGGUCGUACUGCUGCUGAAGGAACGAUCGAGGAGGGUUGUCAGUGUUCCAAUCAAGAGCCCUUGCCUGGCGACGAUCAUGUGAAAGGUUCUCGCCCUUUGAAUCUCCCGGCCAACGAUUUCUCGUCCUACCAGCCAGACACCUCGUUUACAAUGAAAGCAAUGGCCUCAAUAUUGUUUGAAUGUUUUGUGGUUAAUUUGGGGAUCUCACGAUAUGGUCAUCGAACCUCCAUGGGCCCAACAACGACCGAUCCCGAUAAGAUCCGGAAAUAUGUCGAUGAGAUUGCAGAGUAUAGCAAGGGUUUGCAACAUCGGCACAACGAAACAAUCUUCUGGAAAAUCAUUCUCAAGGGUGCUGCGCUGAUCGAUCAUACAAAGCUGCCGUCCGCGAAAGGCCCGGCUGACGGAUUCACCGUAGCGGAAAAAGCUGCGACCCGAAAAUUCAUGGAAGACGCUGGAUACGGAUUGAGUGCCCAAAACCAGCGACACUGUCGCAAUUUUUGGAAAAACCUAUUCAAAAUGCGUGAAGUCCGAAUUGAAAAAUCCCUCUACUACCGCACCAAGGAAUUCGACAGUUACUGCAAGGGGUAUCCGAAGACCUCAGAAAUCUCCCUCGUUGAUGCAAUUCUGAAGUGGCAGACCGAAUACAGACCCCAUAUUGAACAACUAGAAACACGGGCUCUCAGGCUCGGGAAAGGCGACUAUGCGCGCCUGUGUGAUCUUGAAAAUCCUCAGGUGGUAGAGAGGUUGAAAGUUCGGGAGUCAAAUCCACGGGUUCACGGUGUCCAAGUCUCCUUUUCCUGCAGUCCCCUGAGCCCAUUCUGA